AUGGUAGGGAAUCGAGCACACAUGCUACUCUCCUACGCCGGGAACACGUCAUUUAAUGACAUACAACCUGAGUUAUCGGUACUGAAUCAACUCCAUUUCAGACUUCAUUACCAGAACGCUAUACCUAUAGACGGUGAUGUUCUUCUAAAAAACCCAAUUCCAAAACAAAAAUGGGAAUUGUCAAGUGAAAAAAUCACUAUGGACACAAAAAUCGGUUCGGGACAAUUCGGUGAAGUGUGGAAAGGAACGAUGAAAGAAGACGCGAAAAAACCACCAGUCGUUGUUGCCAUUAAAGUGAAAAAAGUUACCGAUCAGAAUAAAACAGAAAUAGAUGAAAUGUAUAAGGAAGCUCGUCUAAUGCGACAGUACAAGCACAAAAAUGUUGUAAAAUUUUAUGGCAUAGUUAACAAAUCCGCUGACAAGGUGAUGAUCGUCAUGGAAUUGGUCAUUGGCGGUGCACUUGAUGAUCACUUACGAAAGUCAAAAGAUGUAGAGAAAAUUGGAUACGCUAUCGAUGCCGCUGUCGGUAUGGUAUAUUUGCACUCAAAGGGCUGCAUACAUAGAGAUAUAGCGUGUCGGAACUGUCUUAUCGAUGUGAAGAAAAGUAUUGUGAAGAUCUCUGACUUUGGACUAUCGAAACAGGUUGAGGUGUACAAAAUCCAGGCCCAUGAACGACUUCCGAUCAGAUGGUUUGCUCCUGAAGUUAUAUCGACGAGAAUUUACACAGCGAAAUGUGACGUCUACUCAUACGGUAUUCUCCUCUGGGAGAUUUUUAACAAUGGUGAACAACCAUUCAAAGGAAUGAGCAAUAAAAUCGUUGAACUUGCUUUUAUCUUUAGGACGUGUUGGAGGGCAGAUCCAAAGAAACGACCAAUGAUGACACAAGUUGCUCGGUUUCUUAUUCAUGCACCAGCAGAAAUGAGAUUAACCGGAACUUCCCACAAAAGAGCGCCGUCAGUCGCCGAGGCUCGAGAGGCCGAGUCUCAAAUAAAACCUGAUCACCAUCGAUAUGUCGUAAAUCUGAAUAUGAUCCAUAGUGUUACCUAUCAUGUUUCGUUGAACGAAAUAAAUUGA